UUUUCUCACGGUGCUAUGGGAGAUGUCAAGGAAUCAAAAAUGCAAAUAACACCAGAAACUCCAGGGAGGAUUCCUGUUUUAAAUCCUUUUGAAAGUCCUGGUGAUUAUUGUAAUCUCCACGAACAAACUCUUUCUAGUCCAUCAGUUUUUAAAUCAACAAAAUUACCAACUCCAGGGGAAUUUAGAUGGUCUAUUGAUCAACUAGCUGUAAUAAAUCCUGUAGAAAUAGACCCAGAAGAUAUUCAUCGUCAGGCUUUAUACUUAAGUCAUUCUCGACUAGAUAAAGAUGUGGAAGACAAAAGACAAAAAGCCAUUGAAGAGUUUUUCACCAAGGAUGUCAUUGUGCCCUCUCCUUGGACUGAUCAUGAUGGGAAACAAAUUCCAGAGUAUCAUUCCAGUAAAUGUAUUAACAUAAAUAAUGAAUCUCCAGUUGGAAAAAAGCUGACUAUCCAUUCUGAGAAAAGUAAUGCUGCUUGUCAGACGUUACUGUCUCUUCCUGUGGAUUUUAAUUUAGAAAGUAUACUUGGUGACUAUUUUAGAGCAGAUGAAUUCACAGACCAGUCUCCUGGAAAUCUCAGUUCUUCAUCUCUCAGGAGAAAGCUAUUUUUAGAUGGCAAUGGAAGUAUUUCAGACUCUUUACCUCCUGCAUCUCCCACAAGUCCUCAUGCUGGUGCUCAAACAUCACUUGAAGUUUUUUAUUCAAUAGAUUUAUCUCCUGUACAGCGUAAGAGCCCUGUGCAGACACCGAGUUCGGGGCAGUUUUCUUCUAGCCCUAUUCAUGGUAGUGCGAAAAAAUACAGUUUGGGAAGUAUGACCAACCCUUCACCUAUCCCAUCACCCACUUUCUCACCAGUUACAUUUAAAAUAGGAAUGACACCACUCUCAGAACAAAGGAAAUUUACUCUGCAUUCUCCUGAUGCUUCAUCUGGAACUCAUUCUAAUGGAAUUACUAAUCCAUGCAUCAGAAGUCCUUACAUAGACGGCUGUUCACCAGUUAAAAAUUGGUCUCCAAUGAGACUUGACAUGUGUCGAGGUGAUGCUCAUUCUAAGACCUCACUGAUUCAAAUACCUCUUACUCUUGAAACUCACAGUGAAGAUGAAGAUAAAGCAACUAUUCCUUCCACAGAUACCUCAUCACCAGCCACGGGCCCUGCUGGGGUACACCUACAUCAGUUGCAUAGUGAUGUGUCUCCCCACGACACACAUUUGGUGGUGACUGCCAUGUCUAUUACAGAGAAUCAGUCCAAUGCUUCUGAGAAAGAAUUUGUACUGCUGCCAGAUAUUGAAAGUGAGAAGGAGAAUAAUACUGUGGAUAUGGUUGACCCAAUAGAGACAGCAGAUGAAAACACCUGGAUUAAGGAACCAAUCGACAAUGGGAGUUUACCUCUGACUGAUUCUGUGAGUGGGAUUGCCUUCAGUAUUGAAAACUCUCAUAUGUGCAUGUCACCUCUUGCAGAAAGCAGUGUCAUUCCUUGUGAAAACAGCAACAUCCAGAUGGAUAGUGGCUAUAAUACACAGAAUUAUGGAAGCAACAUUAUGGAUACAGUUGGAACAGAAAGUUACUGCAAAGAAAAUGAUGUACAAACCUUGGAAGUUGAAAAUAAAUCUCAAAAUUUUAAUACAAAGCAAGAGCACACAACACAAAGGUUUUGGAUGAAAACAGCAAAUCUUCCUCAAUAUAGCAGUCCAUAGAAUACCUCUUUCAGAAUCAAGGACUAUUGUUCAAUAAAGCCUCGCAUAUUUUUUUAUGCACAGGAUCAAUAAUGUGAUUAUGAUUGGGGAAAAUUGACUUCAGCUAACACACUUAUUAGCAUUCCUUCCCUCCUUAAUGUGAAAAAUCAAGAGCUUAACCUAGUGACACAGGAACAACAGAAAAGAUCCUGGAACUUUCAAUAAGUUGAAGUACUUACUGAUUUUUUAAUCAAUAAGUAUUUUUGUACUUA